CUCUGCCUUCAUUAUAAACAAAAUAUUCUCUAUAAUUUCUCUCAUGGCCAUGUAGAAAUCUCAUUAGGGUUUCGAGAUGGAUCUGGAAAUACAAGGAUUCUCGCUCACAGACCUUUCAAAGCAAACAAAAACAGCAGCUUCUAGUAAAGAUCAUGAGUUCCAAAACGCAGAGGUUAUGGAAACAAGCGUGAUAAAAUCAGUCUUAGAAGACAACAAACUACAGUUACUCUCUCUCUCAAAAAAAGUUGUUACAGAACGUACAAUAUUUACCAAGCUGUUCCAUCUCUGCUGCACCUUCGAUUCUGUUGACUGUGCCACAUCACUACUCAACGGCGAGUUCGGAUCGGUGCCGGUGAUAAAUGAACCGGACUCAACCGGUCUCUCGCCGCUGCACGCCGCUGCAACUGCUAACGCGGCGCGUUGUGUGGAAAUGCUUCUGGAAAAACACGCUCGUACGGAUUUGAAGAGCAGAGAUGGACGCAGACUGUUACCUCUGGAGCUGUCCUUGUGUAUCACCAGAAAGGAUCUGAUUUGGGAUCUGGAUGACAAUUCAACCAUUGAAGACUUGGUUGUUCAAAUUAGUGAAAAGGAUUUAACUACACUAAAACUUCUUGCUGACAAAACGGAGGAAAUCGGUGACCUGGCAUACAGAAUGGCGGAAGCAGGGCGUGUGGUUGAUUUGGCUGCUCUUCUGGUAGUGGCAGCAGAUAAAAUAAAUGAAUCGAUUUUACCGGUGCGUGAUGCUGUUAUAGAUUGUAAAGAGAAGACCACAAUUUACGAGGCUGUGAUUAUAGAGGCAUUGGCACUUGGCGGCCCUACGCCGUUGUUGAGGGCAGCAAAAAGGGUGACAGUUCUAAGCGAGAGUGAGCGUGCUGAGAAAAGGAAACUCUUGCUCUAUGAGAUCGAGUUGCUUCAGCUCUUUGGUGCUGAUGGUCUCAGAUGUUGUACGGACAGGAAGUUACCGUCACCGUUAAUCCGUGCUGCACAGGCUGGAGAUGAAACCAUUAUUGAGUUGCUUCUGAAGACUAACAUAGACUUAAAUGAUGUCGAUGCUGAUGGACAUUCUGCUCUUCAUUGGUGUCUCAAGGCAUAUAAGCAAUCAUGUCCUCAGCAGAUGAAGAUCAUGUGGCUUCUACUGAAGCAUGGUGCUCGAGUGAACCAGGAAAACAAGCUGGGCUUUACAGCUGUUCAUAUUGCUGCUUCAAAUGGUAAUUCACAGGCACUUCAGAUUGUACUGCAGGCCCUUCUAUUGGAAGACCCAGAUUGUGUCAACUCUAAUACAGAAAUGAAAGAAACCCCAUUAUUUUUUGCUGUGAAGAAUGGCUGUAAGGACUGUGUUGAUGUUCUAUUACACUGGGGAGCAAGCACUGGAGUCUUUAAUUUGCGUAAACAGAGACCUGUAGACUUGGCUGAGUCACAAGACAUGCGUUUCAUGCUAAACAAUGCUGAUGUUAACCUCACAGUAAAUCGUCCCAUUCAGCAGAAAUAUACAGCAUGGUUACAAGGAGGGGAUGUAAUUCAAGGGACCUGCGAAGAACUCUUUACCUUGACAGAUGAAAGGAAUCCUACUAAUAGCAGGACUUGCUCGAGUACAAAGAAAGAGAUCUGUAAAUACUUCUAUUCUCCUCGUGGAUGUGUUAGAGGCACCAAGUGUUUCUAUGCACAUUCUGAAGAAGAACGACAGCAGGUGAAGCAGGGAAGAUAUAUGAUUCAUUCACCUGCUGCAGGGCAACUAGAACGGAAAAUUUUUGUUGGAGGCCUCCCAGCUUCUGUAGAUUCUGACUCCCUAAGAAAAAUUCUUGAAGAGAAAUUUGGUUCGGUGGACAAUGCUGCAGUACUUGGAGUUCAAACAGCAGAUAAGAUGCAGUCUCGGGGAUUUGGCUUCGUCACCUUCAAAGAUAAAAAUUCUGUUUCUGCAGCUGUUGAGGCACACCAUGUUAUUAUUAUGGGUAAGCAGGUUGAGAUCAAAAGUGCUGUUCCAAAAUUCCUUCUACUAGCCGAGUUCCAGAAAUCAACCCAACAACGUGAAAGAAAUCAGAUUGACGAGAAACUUCCACAAGCACAAAUGCUCAAAGAGAAAACUGAGAAGGAAAAGGCCAAAACUGACGUGCUUAAUAGGCAGACAUCAAGUGAGAAGACAGAAAAAGUGAUCCUUAGUUGUAAUUCCACAGAAGAGAUAAAAUCUGAGCCGAGGACUUGGGCUGAUACUUUAAUCCAUGGUCAAACAAAAGCAUGUUCUAGUGAAUCUCAAACACAUGAAAGAUGUAUGCCUAAGUGGUUCAGAACAUUAAGAAGGUGGCUCCCUAGCUUCUUGCAACAAGCAUCAAAGAGGGGAGGACAAUAUGCUCUAUCGUCGGUGAAAGCUGAUUUCAGGGCCCUUUUUGGCCUAGAAUUAGACCAUGCCUCUCUCGGUUUCUCAAAGCUUAGUGACUUCAUGAAAUCUAUCCCUGAACUUUGUCACAUUACGUAUCACACUCCAGCCAAUCAUAUGAUACUUCUGCCUAGCCUUCCUAUUCCUUGUCAGCAGCCACUUCAAGAUGUUACGAUUGACAGUCCAUCAUCACAUUCUACAUCAAUUGGUGAUAGCGGUAAUGGAAAUUCUGAUGGUUCCAUUUGCUCUCAGGAACAUCUUCUUGUGUCCAUUGAGAAUGAUGACUUAAAUGAUAGCAGCACUAGGGGGUCCUUUCAGAUCACUGAUGAUAAUCCUAUAGAUAAAUUGCCCUGUGUGAACUCGAGGUUUCGUCAAUUCUUGAAACCAGACCCAAUCUUUCAUGCACGACCGUGGGUAAAUAGUGACUCUGAUGGAGACAAAGAGAGUACUGUAGGUGAAAGAGGAGGAUCAGGAAAGGGGUUUCAAGAGAUGAAGCCCUGGCCUCAAGGAAGGCAUUUGGUUUUAGAGGCCCUUGCCAGAAAAAAGAAUAGCUCAUCUGUUUACUUUCUUCGUGAAUUUGAUUUCUGUGAUGAAUACGAGGCAAGCAUCGCACAAGGAAGGUGCCUAGGGUGCAACGAGCGUCGGAUGUUGCGGGCCAACUUCCCAUGCUUGCACUUGGUGUGGUGUGCUGAUUGCAAACUACAAGCCAUGAUGGCAGCUCGCCUUGGUGAACACAAAUGUGUGGUGUGUGAUAUCAAAGUUCAGACAAUAGAUUUGAUAUCCCGGCAUGAAUACUGCCAGCCCAUUCUUGACACAGCUUGCAUCAAGGAGUUUCCCCCAUUUGAUCCUGAUUACAUGCUAAACUCUAUCCAGGAAGAAGCCUAUAUUUGAAUAGAAGAGAGAACUGCAGUACAUGUGAAGGCCUAAACAGACCAGCAGUCCGCGACUUGCAGCACUUGGGAAAAAGGUUUAUGGGAGGGAGCGGUUCUUCUGAGC